CCGUCUUAAUUAAUAAAAGGAUUAGUUAGGGCGCAGCACAUAAAUUUCUUGAUUUCCUUUCCCAGCGUAUGGAGUGAGAGAAACAUCCCUCCUUUAUUUCCAAGAUGCCUCUUUUAAAUCUUCGACUCCUCUGCCUUCCUCCCACUUCUCUGCCUCAAUUCUCCCCUCGUUCUAUCCCUUUCUUCCUCCCCGAAUUGUCCCGUAACUCUUUGGGGCUCAAUUGCUCCUCGUCGUCUUCAUCCCUCUCCUUGUUCCCGAUCUCUCUCUCUAAAUUCCAACCUAGGGUUUCCAUCAGCGGAGCCGGGAAGCAUGCCUACAAAGAGGAGGAGGAAGAAGUGGGAGAUGGCGGUGGGAUUUUGAUGGAAUACGAGGAUUUGGGCGUCGAGGGGGAAGUCUUCAGGAAGACGUUGAGGCUGGUGGAGUGCGCCAUGCUCGCCUCCGUCUCUGGUCUCGCCUAUGUCUUGAGCAACUCUCUUGCCAUCGAGAAUUACUUUGGUUGUUUCUUCUCAUUGCCAAUAGUGAUCUCAUCAAUCAGAUGGGGAAUAGCAGCUGGGAGAAAAACCAUGUUGGCUACUGCUAUGCUGUUGCUCACCUUGUCUGGUCCAGUAAAGGCAUCUACAUAUCUGCUUAUGCAUGGCGUAGUUGGUCUAGCCAUGGGUUCUCUAUGGAGGCUACGGAUAAAUUGGGGUGUUUCAAUAGUCCUAUGCACAGUAAUUCGUGCAAUGGGAGCUACUGGAUAUAUUUUGCUAUCUUCAUUCUUGAUGAGAGAGAAUAUACUUGACUUGAUUACAAUCAACCUUCAUGCAUCUCUCACAUAUAUCCUUAUGGACAUGGGAGUAAAUACGAUUCCAUCGAUCGAUGCCAUAUAUGCUAUAUUUGGAAGCCUGCUUCUACUCAAUUGUGGAUUCUUUGUAUUCUUGCUGCACGUUCUAUAUGCAGUAUUCCUUACCAAACUCGGAAUGAGGGCUUCGCUGACACUUCCGCGUUGGCUUGAGAAGGCAACCUAAUGCCUUGAUAGGAAGCUCAAAUUGCCAUCUCUCAAAUCUCAUAAUUGUGUACCAUUUUGUUAUAAAAUUGACAUUGCCAUUUCACUUUUUGAUGUAAAUACAUAUUCUUUUCUGGUGAAUAUAAAUACAAGAAAGCAGAGGAGGGUUAUAGUA